AUGACCGACUCUUUGAACCUGCAAUCAGACAUUGCAAGAGCUAUCGAACUCCUAGAUAACUUGCUGAAAUGUCCUGAUUUACAACCCGCGAAACUCGCUGCGCUUCAAAGAAUACUACAAUCUGAUUUUUUCAACAUGGUCAGAGAGGUUUAUGAACAUAUUUACGAAACGGUUGAUAUGCCAGGAUCUGAAGAGGUUAGGGCAAGUGCUACGGCGAAGGCCACUGUUGCCGCAUUCGCAGCAAGCGAAGGUCACGCUCAUCCCAGGGUUGUUGAGUUGCCUAAAACAGAUGAAGGACUUGGCUUUAAUGUAAUGGGUGGAAAGGAACAAAAUUCGCCGAUAUAUAUCAGUCGCAUUAUUCCUGGUGGCGUGGCACAUCGUCAAGGCCGGCUUAAACGUGGUGACCAGCUGUUGUCAGUGAAUGGAAUUUCUGUGGAAAAUGAGCACCACGAAAAAGCUGUGGAACUUCUUAAGUCCGCUCAAGGUACUGUGAGACUGGUUGUGCGCUAUACACCAAAGGUGUUAGACGAAAUGGAGGCUCGGUUUGACAAACAAAAGACCCGUCGAAGGGCCAAUUAG